GAAGGGGCGGAGAGACUCAGAGUUCGGCUACUUAACUCUCUGCUCAAACUCAAGACCCUCACACCCUGUUUUUACCCCGAGUCAGAGCAGAAAAAAUGUCAGCCGAGGCCACCGUCAAGUACCUGGACCAAGAUUUUGAAGCUCUGAGGAGCCAGUGUCUGAGCAGUGGGCAGCUCUUUUCUGACCCUACUUUCCCAGCUGCCCCCGAGUCCCUGGGAUUUAAUGAAUUCGGACCCAACUCGUCCAAAGCCAAAGACAUGCAAUGGAAAAGACCCAAAGAACUGUGCUUAGAACCCAAGUUCAUCAUUGGUGGGGCCACGAGGACUGACAUCUGCCAAGGGGCUCUGGGUGACUGCUGGCUGAUGGGGUCCAUCGCCUCUCUGACUCUGAGCCAGGACAUUCUGGCACGAGUGAUCCACCCUGAGCAGAGCUUCACGGAGGACUACGCUGGAAUCUUUCACUUUCAGCUGUGGCAGUACGGACAGUGGGUGGACGUCGUCAUCGAUGACAAACUGCCCACCAAAGGCGGAAAACUAAUGUUCGUUCACUCAGCUGAAAGAAAUGAGUUCUGGAGCGCGCUGCUGGAGAAGGCCUAUGCUAAGGUGAACGGCAGCUAUGAGGCUCUUUGUAAAGGCUGGGCUGCUGAGGGCUGCGUGGACUUCACUGGGGGCAUCGCAGAACGCUACGAGCUCAGCAAAGCUCCACCAAACAUGUUCAAUAUCAUGAAGCAGACCCUGACUCAAUGCGCUCUGCUGUGCACGUCUAUAUAUGGCUUUUCAAAUGAAACAGAGCAUGUGACCACAGAGAAGCUGGUGAAGACACAUGUCUACUCCAUCACAGGAGCAGAAGAGGUUAGUGUGGGUGGAAACCUGGUCCAGCUGGUGCGCCUCAGGAACCCCUGGGGACACAAAGAGUGGAACGGCGCUUGGAGCGAUAACUCCAAGGAAUGGAACCUUGUCCUCCCCGAGGAGAAAGCCAAACUCAAUUACUCCGCAGACGAUGGAGAGUUCUGGAUGUCAUAUUCAGACUUUAAAGAGCGCUACUCAGUGGUGGAGAUCUGUAACCUGACUCCAGAUGCUUUGUGCAUGGAUCAUGCUGGCCAGUGGGAAGCUAAGUCAUUUGAAGGCAGCUGGAAGCAAGGCUCUACUGCUGGCGGCUGCAAUAAAAAUGCAGCUACAUUCGGCUCAAACCCACAGUUUGUGGUAAACGUGGACAAAGCCCAUGAUGGCGCGAAGAGCUGCUCCAUUCUCGUGAGUCUGAUGCAGAAAGACAUGCGCAAAGAGAAGAAGUUUGGACGCAAAUUCUACGACAUUUGCUUCUCUGUCUAUCCGGUUCCAAAAAAGUACGAAGGCUGCAAGGAUGUCCGCCUGAAGUCUGAGACACUGUCCCGCAUGAAGGCAGUCUUCAACUCCAAACACUUUGAAAGGCGUGAAGUGAGCCAGCGCUUCGAUCUGCCACCUGGAGAGUACAUCAUCAUUCCCUCCACCUAUGAGCCAAACCAGGAGGGCAGCUUCCUGCUGAGGGUGUUCACUGAGAAGUAGACCACCACUAGAACCCAAAUGCCAAUAGUGGGGGUGUCUGCACCUGCAUUACAACCGCAAAAUAUAACUGUUCCAUGGAUGAAAAGAUAUAAUUAAAGUCUUGCUCCAGACUUGC